AUACAAAUGUGGCAAAUAAUUUGGGACGGGGGAGUAAUAUUUUAGUAUUCUUUCAAUUUAGUUUUUAGGUUUUUUCUAGAGUUUUCGAGUAGGUUCGGGCACUAUAAAAGAGAACAGGGAAGAAGUAAGAAUGACGAAGAGCAGAUCUGAGAUUUAGGUUUCAUAUGAGGGCGGUUGCCUCGAUCUCUACGCUAGCCGGGGGACAUGUCCCCUUCGAAUUUGGGAUCAACAACCCUCGAGAUCAACAAAUUACUCCGUACGUACAAACUUUUCAGACUUAUUCGGGUCGUUGCCGGAGGUGGCGGUGGGGGCGCCGAAGCAGCGGUGAUGACCUUUUAUUUCUUGUGAGCGAGUUGACCGGCAUUUAGGGUGACCCGACCCGUAUCUUGGCGUGGCAGCACACCGACAACACCCAGAUUCGGUGCAAUUGCAGCCAUGGCGGAUUGGCGGUGUCAGUCUUUCCCCCCGUCUUUGCAUGUUCUUGAACUGCACUUUUUUUUUUUUUUUUUUGCAAUUACAUCCCAAAUAUUUCCAUGGUUUCAUAUGUACACUAUGUUUGGUUAUGGAAUUUGGAUGGAAAAGAAAUGAAAAUGAGUUUCUCUCAUUUUCCUCAAGCAGAUUGAGGCUUUUCUGGAACACAUAGAAGAGGUGAUUAGUUUCAGAGGGUGGUUGCUUUCUUUUCUAUGUGUAGUUCCGUUUAGCCCAUGAUAUCUUUAGUUUCCUGAAUAAGUGAAGCUUAAAUUCAACAGCCCUAAAUGAAGAUGGAUUGAUUUUGGUCCUUCGUCUAUUGCAUUGCAUUUAUGCAAUUUAUUUAAGAGACGGAGGGAGUAUUAUAUGGUUAAUCAUUUUCAGUUGUGCUGACUUUCUGGGAUUACUUCAAUAGUUGAAUGUGUGGUGCGUUUGGUACACGGAAUUGAUGUAAUUGAAAUUGAAUUGGGAGUUGAAAUUCGAUGGAAUUGAUUUAGAUGGAAUUGAAUUCUCCAAUUCCAAUUCAUUUUUGGCACUACCAAUUCCAAAUCUACAAAUUCUUGUGCUACCAAACAACAAAAUUGGAAUUGUUGUCCCCAUUUCAAUUUCCAUAGUUUGAAUUCCAUGUAUGAAAGUUGAGGCUGUGAUGAUAAUCUUAUUAUUAUUUAGAUGCAAAAAUCAGAUCUCUAGGGCAAGGCGGCCUGCAUAUUGGCGAGGCAGUUGUCUUCUUGCAGCCAUGGCAGGGUUUGCCUGUGCCCUGUGCUGUUUUUCUGAUAUAGUGAAUGUAAUCUGAGCCUCAUGUACUGAGAUGCAUUUAAGUCCGAAGGGAUUUCAUUUCAUCUAAAUGAGAAGGUUUUUAACUCUUCAUUCUUAACAGCCUCUCUACUUACUGGCUAAGGUAAGUUUUGCAUACAUACAUACUCCACUUCUAAGGGAUUUUACUGGGUUUGCUUGUUGUUGUAACAUUAUUGAGUUUUUCGAUCUAUGGUUAAAAUUUCGAAAGGUGGAAACCAUUAUUGAAAUUAAGGGAUUACCAGUAUAACAUUAUUGAAAUUUGGGAUUACCAGUAUAACAUUAUUGAAAUUAUGGGAUUACAUGUAUAACUGAAACAAUGAUUUUCAAACUUGAUACAGUGAUGAGCAUUUUUUAUUAUUACAUAAUAAAAAACUAGAUUUGGGCCUCUUGCAUCUAGGCUUGGGUGCUUUAACGGCUUGACAGUCACUUUCUUGCAGGCAUGGCAGGUUGUGCUCUUGCUAUGCUGAUAGGGAAAAUAAAAUCUGAGCCUCUGUGUACUAGUAUCAUAGUAUGUAUGGAAAGCUUGGCAACCAUCUCAACUCCAAUCCCGGAUUUGGAGUGUUUGCAGCCACGGUGGUGUCUGUAUUCUUUUCCCUCUAUACCCUUUUGGAAGCUCAACUGCAAUUCUUCCUACCAUUACUACACUGCAAACAUUCCUAUGGUUUCCAUUGGCUUUGUAUUCGACUAUUCACUGUUUUUUCAUAUCCAAGUUUUUCUUUUUAUAUUUUCCAAAAAAAAAACUAACAUAUUC